CUUCAUACAUUUUAAGAUUUUGAUCAAUUUGUGCAGUAUAAAAAAAAAAAUGUCACGUCUUUUUCUAAUACACUUUUUCUACUUCAAACUGCAUUUGUUGUUCAAUAUAAAUAUACCAUAAGAUGCAGCGUAUUCUGGACUUUCUUUCGAUAUAAAGGAAGUUAAUAAAUUAAAAAGAUCUAAUGAUAAAAACUAAAAAAUACAAAAGGGGGGAAAACUUUUGAGAUCCACAGUAAUAUGCUGAACAUAUCCACGCGGAUGAUAGGAAUUUUGCCAACGUGAAAUUAAGUUAAACGUGAAAAUAAAUGGAAAAUUAUGUAACAGACAACAUAUAAAAUAAAAAUUAAAGAUAGCUAAAAUUUUUUAACAUAAUUAUAACACAUAAUAUUCUACAGAUACCAUCAUCAGACGAAAGAACCACCAACAUACUUCCUCAAGUUAAUUUAUUAUUCUUUUCUUUCUUUAUAAUCAAUGGUAUCUGUGGAAUAUCACGUGUUAUAAUUAUGUUAAAAAAUUUUAGCUAUCUUUAAUUUUUAUUUUAUAUGUUUUUUGUUACACAAUUGUUCAUUUAUUUUCAUUUUCCGAAUUAAUUGAGCUGAGCCGGGAACUCUAUAUGAUUAUAGCCUUAAUACAUGAUAAAUAUCUUUUACUACAGAAAAAAAAAACAUCAAAACUGAUAAAAAUCAAAAUUUCAACGUGAAUAUGAGGCCAAAGCAGUAUAACAUUGUAUAAGUAAUCAUUCAUAGUUACGCUUGAUUGCAAUCCUUUUGAUAUGUAUACUUUCAAACAUAUGCAUAGUUGUAUCUUUGAAUCCGAAGGUAUAACGAGAAGAAAAACGUGUAUCAAGUCAUUAACGACUCUAGUCAAGUGAAAAGAAACAUUACUUUGUGACUCAUUCAACAUAAUAAAUCGUUUUGAUUUCAAGAGUUAUCUGAAAUGUUUGCAGUUCUAACAGCAAUCAUUUUCUUUCUUUGUUUACUGUUUCUCAUCAUAUAUUACGUAGUACCUGUCUUACUGCGACACAAACAAUUACAAAAAGACUAUAAAAAUAUUUCAUUGCUUCCUCUUUCAUCAAUUCCACUUAUUGGAAAUAUACCUCAAUUCGAUAAACAACAUCAUGUUUUUUUCCAAUUACUUUGUCGAUUAGCAAAACAAUCUCAAGAUGAAGGCAAAGGUCUUUUCUGUAUAUGGCUUGGAAUAACACCGAGAAUAUUUUUAUGUUCAGGUCAAGGACUUGAAUCAUUUACUAAUAAUAGUAAACAACUUGUGAAAUCUUUUCAUUACACUUUUCUUGAACCUUGGCUUCACACUGGUUUACUUACUAGCAACAAUGAUAAAUGGCGUAGUCGUCGCCGUUUAAUCACACCAUCAUUUCAUGAUACUCAAUUAUUGUAUAAUUUUAUGAAUAUAUUUAAUGAACAAUCAUAUAUUCUUGUUCGUCGAUUUGAUGAAUAUGCAAAACAAGAAAAUCGAACACAUGAUCUAUAUCCAUACAUAUCUGCUUGUACACUUGAUAUUAUUGCUGAAGCUGCAAUGGGUACAAAUCCAAAUGCUCAAUUAAAUGAUGAUAAAAAUGAGUUUGUACAGGCAACAGCUCGAAUAACUAGUAUAGUAGCUACACGUUCACGAUGUCCAUGGUUGUGGCCUACAUGCAUCUUCGAUCGAAUACCAAUAGGAAAGGAACAAAAAAGAGUACUCGAAAUUCUUCAUGGAUUUUCUCGCAAGGUAAUUCAAGAACGUCUUGCUACAUUUAACUCUGAAGAUGUAGUAAAUAAGAAUGAAGAAAAGAAACAAAUACGUCGUCUUGUAUUUCUCGAUAGUCUUAUUGCUCAAAUGCAUGCUGAAAAACUUUCAUUCGAUGAUAUUCAAGAAGAAGUAGAUACAUUUAUGUUUGAAGGUCAUGAUACAACUGCAGCUGCAAUAAAUUAUUGUUGUUAUUUAGUUGGAUGUCAUCAAGAUGUGCAAGAAAAAAUUCAUGCUGAAAUGGAUACGAUCUUUGGUGAUGAUAAAGAAAGAGCAUGCACUAUGGAAGAUAUUCAACAAAUGACUUAUCUUGAUUGUGUAAUCAAAGUAAGCAAUAAUAAUUAUGGUCAAACAAUUCGUAAAGGUACCAAUGUCGUCAUUUUCAUAUAUGGUAUUCAUCAUGAUGAAAAUGUCUUUCCUAAUUCAGAAAAAUUUGAUCCAGAAAGAUUUUCUGAUCAGAAUCUUAUUUCAACUGAAAUUUCACCUUUUGCAUAUAUUCCAUUCUCUGCUGGUUCACGUAAUUGUGUUGGUCAACGUUUUGCAGGACUUGAAGAAAGAGUUGUAUUAUCAACAUUAUUUCGUCGUUUUACUUUUCAUUCAACUCAAACUAUCGACGAAUUACAUAUAGCUACUGAAGGUAUUCUUCGUCCAGGAGUUCCAGUUCAGAUGAUUGUUAAACGUCGAUGA